UGUUGCAACGUCGAUUUGCUUAUAGGUGCAGCCAAGGAUAUUUCCCAAAACAUAAAUCUUAAUCAUGUCUUCUCAACAACGUAUAAAAAGACAAAUGAACCAUUCGGUGGCUUCUACUCAACAACCAUCUAACCCAGACGUGGCUGCUCUUCAGUUCAUAGGGAUGAGGAUACGUAAGGCUGUUGCUGACGGAUAUCAAGUUACUCAAGAACAGCAACCACAACAAACUCAACAAUUUGCUAGACCAAGUUUACCUGCUCAUUUAGAUGCUCCUCCUUCUUUGAUCAAUGGGGGAAGCACUGCUGGUUCUACUAGUUCUAUGGAAGAAUUUGAUAGUUACUACAAGAUCAACAAUGCCCCAGUUAUGAUUAACACUACUUAUUACGAAAACAAAUACAAGAGAUCUUUUGAUGCCGUUGAUGAGGUUGAAAUCUAUCAUCAAAAGUAUGGCGAUUUGAAAUUCAAUGAAGAGUUUUAAGUGGACCAAUUCUUUCAAUUUAUUUCUUUUAUUUAGUUCCUUGGUUUCUUUGUGUUAGUUAGUUCAUUUUUAGUGAUGGGAUUGGCCAUUCAUAUAGUUUAAUACUACUUUUUUUGUUGCAUUAUU